GAGGAGAGAUCUAGCACGAAGAGAGUCGGGAGAGGUCGGGAUGGGAGUCGGGAAUGGAGAGAGAAGUAAGCGAAGGAAGGAAAGGGGGAAGAGGUCGGAAUGAGGAGGAGGAGAGGAGCGAAGGAAGGAAAGGGGGAAGAGGUCGGAAUGGGGAAAGGGAGAGGUCGGGAUGGGAGUCGGGAGGAGAAAGAUCGCGAUGGACGGAUAGAGGAGGUUGGAGACGACGGAUGGGAAGGGGGAGAGAUCGGGAUGGGAGUCGGGAUAUGGCCGGGAUAGGGAGGGGGAGAGGUUGGGAUGGGAGUCGGGAGGAGGGAGGAAUGGAAGUCGGGAUACGGGAAAGGAUGGAGAGGUCGGCAUGGGGAGGGGAAGUGGUCGGGAUCGGAGUCCGGAAGGGGAAGGUCGUCGGAAUACGGUCGGGAUGGGAGUCAGGAGGAGGGAGGGAUGAAAGUCGAGAUACGGGAAAGGAGGGAGACGUCGGGAUCGGGAGGGGAACUGGUCGGGAUCGGAGUCGGGAAGGGGAAGGGCGUCGGGAGAUCUAUGGAGAGAGAAGUCGGGAUAGAGGAGGGAGGAGGGAUGCACGAAGAAAGUCGGGACAGGUCGGGAUGGGAGUCGGGAUAGGAAGGGGGAGAGGUCGUCGGGAUAUGGUCGGGAUAGGGAGGGGGAGAGGUUGGGAUGGGAGUCGGGAGGAGGGAGGAAUGGAAGUCGGGAUACGGGAAAGGAUGGAGAGGUCGGGAUGGGGAGGGGAAGUGGUGAGGGAGGGGAGAUCUAUGGAGAGAGAGGUCGGGAUAGAGGAGGGAGGAGGGAUCUAGCACGAAGAAAGUCGGGACAGGUCGGGAUGGGAGUCGGGAAUGGACAGAGAAGUAAGCAAACGAAGGAAAGGGGGAAGAGGUCAGAAUGGGGAGGAGAACGGUCGCGAUGGACGGAUAGACGAUGUCAGAGGAAAUGGAUGGGAAGGGGUAGAGAUCGCGAUGGGAGUCAGGAUAUAGUCAGGAUGGGGAGGGAGAGAGGUCGGGAUGGGAGAAGGGAGAAGGGAGGGAUGGAAGUCGGGACACGGAAAAGGAUGGAGAAGUCGGGAUGCG